UGUACGUGUGUGUGUGUGUGUGUGUGCGGAGAAGCUCCAUGGUUCCUCCGCCGCUCUCCCCACAAUGGCCGGGAUCGAGUGAGGGAAGGGACGCGCCUCUCUCCAGAGAAGGAAUGACGAGGAGGAAAGGUCAUCGUGGUUGCCAAAGAAGUUCUACAAGGUCGUAGCUCACUGGCUGUGGAUUCCUGAGGUCUUUUGUAGGCCUGUUUCCAUAGCAACCGCCCCGGUCCUCACCAAGGCGUUUACAGCCCUCUUAUCCCCUUCCACAAAGACAACCCGCCGGAAUGGACACAGAGUCGACCCACUCGGGCUACUCCAGCCGCUCGGGGAGGUCCAACCGACACGGCGAGCGAGGUCGAGAGCGCCACAAGGCUAGCAGCAGUAAAGACAGCAGCCGCUCGGAAAAGUCCGUCAUCAUUAAUCCUCCAGAGACGUCCUCCCAGGAUUCUCCGGUGCACAACGGCGAGCCAUUGCCAGGAGAGCCCAUGCCGGCGGCGUCGGAUCCUGGUGAAGAGGGCCAGGAUGAUAACUGGGGAGAGACCACCACGGCGGUGACGGGCACUUCGGAGCUCAGCAUCUCCCAGGAGGAAGUGGUCGGCUUGGGAAAGGGCAUACAGGACCGGACCAGAAGCUUCCGCCGCUAUCUCCCCCUCGCUGUGGGUGUGUGCGGGGGCCUGCUGGUGCUGGCCACCCCUCUGGUUUUCCUGCUUCUACCUGUCAUCGUGUGGCCUGAGAGACUGCAGCCGUGCGGCGCCGCCUGCGAGGGACUUUUCCUGUCGCUGUCCUUCAAGCUUCUCAUGCUCCUCACCGCCAUCUGGGCCUUGUUUCUGCGGCCGGCCCGUGCCAGCCUGCCGAGGGUGUGCGCGUGUCGGGCCUUCCUCACCACGCUCACCCUUCUCCUCACCAUGUCCUACUGGCUCUUCUACGGCGUCAGGAUACUUGAUGCACAGGAUGAGGACUACCAUGGCGUGGUCCAGUUCGCCGUGUCCCUGGUGGACUCCCAGCUCUUUGUCCACUAUCUGGCUGUGGUGUUGCUGGAGCUGCGCCACCUGCGACCCUGCUACAGCGUGUGCGUCAUCCGCUCCACCGACGGAGAAACACGUCACUACAACAUAGGACAGCUGAGCAUUCAGAACGCCGCUCUGACCAUACUGGAGUAUUACUACAAAGAUUUUCCCCUCCACAACCCGGCACUCCUCUCGGCCUCCAAGCACAGAGCUGCGAAACAUUUGGCUGGAUUAAAAGUUUACAACGUUGACGAAUUGAGAGCAAGACUGAGAGAGUAUCUGUGGGAGACCCCUGGGAACACAGCAGGGGCCCAGCCGGCUAACGGCAACCAGUCCCAGGCUGCGGCCGCCGCCGCCAAACGCAAAGACAGCGCCCAUAACGAGCUGUACUACGAGGAGGCCGACUUUGAGAGACGAGUUCGCAAACGAAAAGCCCGGUUGGUGGUGGCGGUGGAGGAGGCCUUCACGCACGUCCGCCGCAUGAAGAAAGAGGACGAACGUGCAUCACCCUCCGACAUCAUGGACGUCCGGGAAGCGGCUUUGGCCAUUUUCCCAUCGAUGGCCCGCGCGCUGCAGAAGUACUUGCGCACCACCAGGAGGCAGCACUGCCACAGCAUGGAGAGCAUCCAGAAGCACUUAGCUUUCUGCCUCAUUAACAACAUGAGCCCGAAGGCCUUCCUGGAGACAUACCUGGCCCCGGGUCCCACCCUCCAGUACGGCCCCGAGCGCUGGAUGGCCGACCAGUGGAUGUUGGUGAGCGAGGCGUCAGUGACCAGCGGCGUCAAGGAAGGCAGCGAGUUCACCCUGAGGUGCCUCGACUUCAGCUUAGCCGUCACGGUCAAGGGCAUCCCGUACAUCCGAGUGACCGAAGAGUACGUGGACCCCAAGUCGCACAAGUUCGUGCUUCUGCUCCAGUCGGAAACGUCGGUUUAACAAUGACUCAAACAAAUGUCCCAUUUUUGUCGCAAAAACUUCUGGAUGAGAGGGACACGCCUGCACUUUUCCACCUAGUCGGGCAUCCUUCUAUGCACUACAGACUCAUUUGCAUGCGGGCGAGUGUUAUUUUUAUUUUUUAUUUUUUUAGAAUGUGUGUUUUUGUGUGGUGGAGACAUUUGCCAAAAAUCUGGCUGUGAAAAAAAAAAAGUAACUGUUGGUAUGUGUACAGUAUUUAUACAUCAACAUGCAUUAUUCCCUGCAUACUUUUUUAUAACUGCGUGGAUGAUUAUCUAAAACUUUUUUUUUUUUUUUUUACGAUGAAUGUAAAUAUGUGUUUUGUAUAUCAUGUCAAAUCAGUGGCAAGAGUGACUGCCCAGAAUGCCAUUUUUAUAUUUAUCUCGUGCCCUCUUAUUAAAGCACUUCCCAGAUGUUACAUACUAUAUAUAAAUAUUCCGUUUUUACAGACAUAAUUUAUGCUUAAUAUUAUAAUUUUUUUGGGGAAGAUUAGUUAGAGCAGGGGUGUCAAACGUACAGGAACAGGUUUUAUCUGGCUCGCGGGAUGAGUUUGCUAAGUAUAAAAAUGAGCCGAAAUGUUUGAAUGAAAGAAACUGCAUUUAUAAAUAUGUCCACUAGAUGUCACCAUAGCAAUUAUUUGUAUUUUUGUAGCUUAUGCUACAUAUGUUAGUACACUAGUCGAGGAAAAUGAUCAAACUAAAUAAAUAACAUCCUGUAAUUUGAUUUAGAUAUUGUUUUUAAUCUUGAUGGAUUGCAAAUUAACACCAAUGAGUUGACAAAUGAACAUUAAUCAUCACAUAAUUUGUUUAAAAAGUACGAACAACGACAAAUAGAGAUAGAAUACUAUCAACCGCAACAAGUAAGUGUAAAAAAAACAACAGUAUUAUGAUUUGUACAUUUUCAAAAUGUGCUUGUUCAAACAAAGAAAACAAUUUGAAGUUGUCUUUAUUUUUAAGUUAUCCUGCCGGGAUUUUCCCAUUAUAGCCCACUUGGGAGUGCAUCUUUCUCCAUGUGGCCCCCGAUCUAAAAUGAGUUUGACACCCCUGAGUUAAAGGGCAAAAAUAAUCAAAUUGGACUCAUUUAAGAUGGACUCAAACAGUGUUUGUAGCGGUCAGCGUCUCACUGCUGCCCCCUAUUGGCCACUUCAUUCUAGCGCCUCAAGCUUGAAGAAAGAACGCUGAACUGUAUUAUUCAAUUUGAAUGUUGUCAUUUCACAUAAGGACAAGUGUUACUGUUGUCACUGAUGUUUUGUACAAAUUGUGUCCCUGCACAUGAAUCCUGACCUUUGUACGUGUGGAUGUGUGUGUGUGUGUGUGUGUGUGUGUGUGUGUGUGUGUGUGUGUGUGUGUGUGUGUGUGUGUGUUAAGCGUCUGUUGUGACACUUUUUUUUGUACACCGACAGACCACAAGCUGUGUCAAAUCCCCGUUUGUUAAAAAAUGAAUAAAAAGCAUUUGUAUUGAUUUGAA